UGGCUGCUCGUGAAAGCCAUUUGAUAUACCACCAAAUCAUUUCGGCUGAAGAACAAAUAAAUGUGGAAUUUAAAUAAACUGUCUUCGGCUAUUUUUUCUUGUUGAGUGAGAUUUAUUGCACACAAAUAAGAAAAUAUAAAAAAUAUUAAUAAAUAAUCAAUUUAUUAUGUAUAUUAAUAAAUAUUAAAUCAGCGUUAUAAAUAAAAUGUAUUAUUAUUAUUUGGCUUCUCUGACACGAAAAUAAAUAAAUAAAACAACACUCGAAAAAAUAUUACCUAAAAAUCGUGUUGAAAUGUCAUUUUUGCACUGGUAUUAAUAUAUAAAUAAUCCCAUCAACUCCACGCAGUCAUCUCCUCCCGAUCUCAGAUCACCAAAUGCUGACGAAAAGAGAAUCGUUUGCUCUUUACAAUGUAACCAUUCCACUCUCAUUGGUAUGUUAAGAAAAUGGAGACAUACAUAUAUAUAUAUACAUCCUACGUCCCCGCGUUUAAUUUUUGGACGCUUUAGUCGCACAGGAUGGACUGAUGGACUCAACGUUAAUUAAUUUGCGCCCCAACCCGACAAGUUGUGACACGGCGAAAAAAAAAAAACUCGGAAAAAUAUGUCAUGAAACUACCGUUUCAUAGCAAAUCAGUAUUAUGGUGAUCAUACUAAAUAAUCAUUUUCCAUGGGCACAGAUUAGAUAAAUUUCGCUGCCAUGAAGUCCAGCUAGUCUCUUGACAGCUUUCUCGCCCGCCCCCGCGACGUAUCCAUAGCUCAGCCUUAUCGCCUUGUAGCUACUGGCGAAAGUUUUAACAUACUGUAAAGUGGAUACAAUGUCGUCAUAUGUAGUCUCGAGUCUGUUGAUAAAAGCACAGUAAACUUUGCUCACUGUGUUUAUGUGGUGUUUUUUGUGCAUUUGAGUAGCAUAUGAUAGGCUCAACAUGAAAGAAUAUGUGAUAAAGCCCUUUCCUUUCGGUCCUUAGCUCGUUCACUGCCGCAGCGCUGCUGCGUGACUGCCGGUGUAGGCGCACUAUAAAUUAGCGUAGCCGUCUAGCAGAACGAAUCCUCUAAGCAUUCUCGGUAGGACGGAGAGUCAGUGAACGGGAAGUGACAUAACUCAGUCUUGCCCCCUGCCUGCAUGCUGGCUGCUUAUUGGCCACACGUGGAAGUGAGUGACAGACGCCCUGAUUCUGUUUCCGCUCCCUCCCCUGCCCGCGAUGAGGCUGGCGUCUGAUUGGUCGUGUGCUAUGUCAGUAGACGCUGCCGCUUGCUCAGCGCCCUCCCACGCAGAUAACAAGGCAAGCCCCAACUUCAUAGAACGAAUCAGUGCAGAAGAUGAUUAGUUCGGUCUCGUUCACCCAAACAAUUCGUUCAAAAAGAACGAAUUGUUCACGACCGAUACAACACUAAGCUGUAGCAUAAGCAGCACUAGCACGUUCGAGUCGCUGAAAGUAAGCCAUAUAAAAGUUAAUACGUCAAGUAAAGUUCCCUGUUUGUUCAUGAGCAGGCCAAAGUGGUAUGUAUAUUUUCAUUUGUGUUUUAUAUUUUGUAUAUGUUCAUUUAUUCAAUUGUACAUCACUUCAUUGUAUCACCAGUUCUACGGUGGAUCUGUAGUGAAGGCAAGGCUACAGUAAACAUCAGUUAAACAACAACUCUCGAGUCUCCAUUUGUGAACAAGCCGGUAUAGUAGAACACCUCUGCUUCGGAGAGAGAAAGUAGAGCACCUCCGCUUCGGAGAAGAGAAAGUAGAACAUUUCUGCUCUGGAGAAAGAAUUCCAGGGAAGGCAACAUGGCGGCCGGAAGAAGCGGCAAGUAAGACAUGCUACACACGCUUGUAAAAUGCAUUGAAGAAGUCAAUAAGCAAACUAAUAAGUUAAAGCUAAUCAAGAAAGCACUAAGACUUGUUCAUAGCAAGUAUUACAAGUACUUCCAAAGUGACAUUUACGCAAAAAGUUGCACAUUUGCCAACAAGAUAAAAGUCACUGUACGUGUAUAAACUGAAAACAAGGCAAGAUGGCAGAAGACAAGAAAGAUAUAAUGCAGCCCGCUGAACAAAGCAGUGCAGCAUUAUUUGUGCAGGAUGAAAAUAAAGAACAGCAUUCAGAAGCUCAAGCAGUUGGAGAAGAAACACUUUUGUCAUCAAUGUUCCCUGAUUGCACACAUCCAGAAGUUCCACGGAGAAGUCAGCGUGCACGCACACUCACCGAUAAAGGAAAAUCCUUACAAGAAGCAAAGUUCAAUGAUUUGGUAAAGGACUUUGAGCGAAUUUAUAAGAAGUGGAAAUACCAAAUUAACAGUUUUAAAAGAAUGCUGAAAUACAAGGACACUGAUUUGCUACCUGAAGCUGUGACUGCUAUAAGCGCUAUCAGGACUGAGCUAUGUGAAACCUAUGAUAAAUUCAGAAGUAUGGAUGAAAUUCCUGAUUUUUAAAUAAGAAGAAAAUGUGAUAUGUGCUGGUCUAUCACUGAAGCAGCCAGAGCAAAGGCUCAGUGUCUUCUGGAAGAAAAGGGUGAUCCAGAUAGCAUCGCCUGGCCUGACUCAGAGUCAGUUUUUGAAGGUAGUUCUUCUAGCAUUUCUUCUAUACUGACACAUAAGUCAAAGUCCAUGUCAGGAAUGUCCCAACAGUCAUCUGUAGUUUCACUACAACAAAGACAAGCUGCAGCUGAAGUAGCAGCUUCUGAAGAAGUUAUUAAAAUAAUGAAAACACAGCAUCAAUGUGAAGAAGAAAUAAGAGAACUUGAAGUUGAGGAUGCAAAGAGAAGAGCUCAAUUUCUGACAGAAAGCACAACAAUAAAGACCAAGUUAGAGGAAAAGAAAAAAGAAGUGGAACUAUUAAAAGAAAUUCAAAAGCACAAUGCAGCUCAAGCCAGAUUAAGGGUGUAUGCUGAAAGUCAAAACAGUGAGUUUGAAGAAAAACCUCCUGUUUCCAAUUCUGAAGUUAAACAUGAUAGUUCUCUUCCACAACCGUGCGUUCUCAAUGUCCAUUCUAAACCAUUUGUUCCAUCUCAAGUUGCUGCUCUCACAAGUCAGCAGUUUGCACCUCAACAAGCAGCUGUGCAUCAACCAGCAAUGACAACUGCAACAUCCAUUGAUCUCGUACAGACAUUGGCUGAAGCAAUCACGGCAAACAGAAUUCCAAUCCCGGAGCCUGCUAUCUUCACAGGUGACCCGCUACAGUUUAAUGAUUGGAAGUUGUCUUUUCAGACAUUAGUUGAUCGUAAAAAUUAAAAAAAAGAAAGAAAGUAUGUUGGAGGUUCAGCUAAAAUGGCCAUCGAAGGACAUUUUUUAGUUGGAACAGAUGCAGCCUACUCUGCUGCCUGGGAAAUUCUCAAUGACAGGUUUGGAAAUCCAUUUGUGAUUGGCAAGUCAUAUCGAGAUAAGAUUCAGUCGUGGCAUAAAAUCGGCACCAAAGACAGUAAAGAUUUACGCCAGUUUGCAGAUUUUCUAACAAGUGUUGAAUCAGCCAUGCUCUGCAUUAAAAGUCUACAAGUGUUGAAUGACUGUGUAGAAAAUCAGAGAAUAGCAUCAAAGCUACCUGAUUGGCUAAGUGCACGCUGGAAUAGAAAGACGACUGAAUUCCAAGAUGAACAUAAAAUGUUCCCUGACUUCAGUUAUUUUGUGAAAUUUCUGAAUAAAGAAGCAAGAAUUGCAUGCAAUCCAAUCACUUCGUUGCAGGCAAUGAAGCCAAGUGAACCAGAUGAGUACAUGUUCAAAGAGAAGCCAAGAGGGAACAAAAUGCUGAAUGCUAAAUCACUCAGCACAAGCUCCAAUGAAAAACCAAAUAUCACAUGUCUUUUUUGUAAGAAACCUGGUCACACAAUUCAUAAAUGUCGAAAGAUCCUCGAAAAGUCGGUGGAGGAAAGAGUUAAGUUUGUGCAGUCUGAAAAACUGUGUUUUGGCUGUCUCAAGUCCGGUCAUAACUCCAAAAACUGUACUUCAAGAAGUGUGUGUGACAAGUGCCAAAAGCCUCAUCCAACGUGUCUUCAUCAAGACAGAGAGAAAAGAGACAAAGAACAAAGACCAAAGAACAAUCAAGUAAGAUCAGCAUCAAAUCAGGAAACAGUGUCAGAAGAACAAGAAUCCACACAAGUGAUGUCUAACAGAGUAGUGCAACAAAGGUCACAAGGUUGUACUUCUUCAGUUAUUCCAGUCUAUGUCUCAACGGUGGAUGAACCAAAAAACGAAAGACUUGUGUAUGCUUUGCUUGACACUCAAAGCGACACCACAUUCAUUUUGAAGGACACGGCUGAGACCUUAAACACAAAGUCUGAGCUGGUCAAACUUAAGAUCUCCACAAUGACUUCUAAAACAAAGAUCGUGUCAAGCCACAAGAUGAAAGACCUACAAGUAAGGGGCAUGAAUUCCGAAACAAGAAUCAAGUUGCCAACAACCUAUACUCGAAACUACAUUCCUGCCAACAGAUCACAUAUUCCUACAAGUAAGACGGCAGAGAAUUGGUCCCAUCUGAAACAUCUCGCAAGUGAGAUGGCACCCAAGCUUGACUGCGAUGUAGGGUUACUGAUUGGGUAUAAUUGUCCUCAAGCUUUACUCCCACUAGAAGUCAUUAGUGGUGAAAGAGACCAGCCAUUCGCACUGAAAUCCCUGCUUGGUUGGUGAUUUAUUGGCUACAGUGACACCGAGAGUGCAUAUGUAGAUGAAACAGGAGUGAGCCAUCGUGUUAUUGUGAAACAAGUCAUGCCAGCUAUUGAACCAAGCUGUAAACUCAAAGCUGAAGUGCACUUUGUGAACAGAAACAAAGUCAAAGAAGUCACUCCUGCUCAAAUAAUUAAAGUGUUGGAAAUGGACUUCGUUGAAAGAAGCAUCGAAGAAGAGUUGAUGUCACAAGAGGACAUGCUAUUUCUGACUAAAGUAAGAGAAGGCAUCAAACAAAAGCAAGAUGGUCACUUUGAAAUGCCACUACCCUUUAAGAAAGAAAAACCUGAAUUGUCAAAUAACAAAAUUUGUGCAGAACACAGGCUCAAGUGUCUAGAGCAGCGCCUCCGGAAAGAUGAGCGCUACUACAAAGAUUAUGUGGCAUUCAUGCAAGACAUCAUACAGAAGGGUGAUGCUGAAAAGGUGCCAGAAGCUGAGCUACACAAUCAACCAGCAUGGUACAUACCUCAUCAUGGCAUCUACCAUCCACAGAAGCCACAUAAGAUACGUGUUGUCUUCGAUGCCUCGGCAAAGUUUCAGAAUACAUCUCUGAAUGAACAUCUCCUGUCAGGGCCAGAUCUCACAAACACCCUCGUUGGAGUUCUGUGUCGUUUCAGGAAAGGACAGGUGGCUAUCAUGUGCGACAUAGAGCGCAUGUUUCAUCAAUUUCAUGUCGCCACACAAGACCAGGACUACCUUAGAUUCCUAUGGUGGGAGGACGGUAACAUGGAAAAGCCACCAGCAGUUUUUCGCAUGAGAGUCCACUUGUUUGGCGCAGCAUCAUCGCCUGGUUGCGCAAACUUUGGAUUGAAACAUUUAGCUGACCAAGGCAAAAGUAAGUUCAGUCAAGCCACUGUUAAGUUCAUCCAACGCAACUUCUACGUUGAUGAUGGUUUGCUAAAUGUAAAUUUGGAAGAAGAAGCUCUGCAGAUUGUAAGAGAAGCCAGAGAACUAUGUGACACAGCAAAGCUGCACCUACACAAGUUCAUUAGCAACAGUGAAAAGGUCAUUGCUAUUAUUCCAAAAGAAGAAUGUGCAGCAGGAGCAACAGAACUGGAUCUAGCACUGGGGGAGCCAAAGAUGGAAAGAGCCUUAGGAGUUCACUGGUGUGUGACAUCGGACAUAUUCUGCUUCAGAGUUGUCAUAAAAAACAACCCCUUCACCAGAAGAGGAGUGCUCUCCACAGUGGCCUCAAUAUUCGACCCACUCGGAUUUGUGGCCCCAUUCAUUCUCGUCGGCAAAAGAAUCCUCCAAAAAAUGUGUCAGGAAAAGCUGGAUUGGGACGAGCCGCUUCCACAAGAUCUCAAACCUGAAUGGGAAGCCUGGCUUAGAGACCUCCAGAACCUGUCCACAAUCAAGAUAUCACGUUGUUAUGUUCCAUCAACAUUCAACCAAGUGCAACAGUAUGAGUUACACAGCUUUUCUGAUGCCAGUGUAUCCGGUUACGGCGUGUGCUCAUAUCUAAGAACAGUGACGAAGUCUGGAGAAGUUCACUGCACCCUUGUAAUGGGGAAAGCAAGAGUCGCACCUACAAAAGUGAACGAUUCCAAGACUGGAGCUUUCAGCGGCAGUGGUAGCUACAAGAACAGCUAGCUUUCUGAAAAGAGAGUUAGAAAUACCGGACAUUCAAGAAUACUACUAGACUGAUUCUAAAGUUGUCCAUGGUUACAUCAAUAAUGACGCAAGACGCUUUCAUGUAUUCGUUGCUAACAGAAUACAACAAAUCAGAUCAAGCACAGAACCUAGUCAAUGGCGAUAUGUCGCCUCAGAACUAAAUCCCGCAGAUUACGCAUCGCGAGGAAUCAUGACCAGAGAAUUAGUCGAGUCCAACUGGUUCACUGGCCCAUGUUUCUUAUGGCAAAAGGAACUGCCCAAAGAUGAUGUUAAACUGAAAGAGAUUAACACUGAAGAUCCAGAGCUAAAGGUCACGCAUGUUUUCACAGUACAAGCAAAGGAGGAGAAAUAUGUCACUGAACGGCUGCAAAAGUUCUCAGAUUGGACAAGAGCUGUGAAAGCAAUCGCAAGAUUAAGAAGAUAUGUUAAGUCUGCAAAGAAUUCAAAGGUGAUGUCAAAUGAAAGUACUACAUUGGAAGAAAGAAAAGAAGCUGAAGAGUUCAUCAUACGCACAAUUCAAAAGGAGACAUUCAGCAAAGAAAUCCAAUACCUCAAAGACAAAAAAGAACUCAAGUCAUUUCAAUCAAAGUUGUACCAGUUAAGUCCAUUCCUCGACGUGCAUGAUAUCCUUAGGGUGGGAGGCAGACUGACGAAGGCAUCUCUCCAUCCCAACAUUAAACAUCCAGCUAUCAUGCCAAGAGAUCAUCACGUCUCACGUUUGCUCAUCAAACAUUUUCAUGAGAAGAUACACCACCAAGGUCGAGGAAUGACAGUCAAUGAAAUUCGUGCUAAUGGCAUCUGGAUAAUUGGCUGCAGUAUUGAAGUUUCAUCAUUCAUAUACAAAUGUGUCAAAUGUCGAAGAUACAGGAAAUACAAUCAAGAACAAAAGAUGGGCGACCUGCCAUCUGAAAGACUAGAAGCGACCCCUCCAUUCGCAUACAGCGGUAUGGAUUGUUUUGGGCCUUUCUGUGUUAAGGAAGGGAGAAAGGAAGUCAAGAGAUAUGGACUUUUGUUUACAUGUAUGUGCUCGAGAGCUAUUCAUAUCGAAGUUUUGGAUGACCUCAGCACAGACUGUUUUCUCAAUGCACUGCGUUGCUUCAUAGCAAUACGUGGCAACGUCAGUCAACUGCAUUGCGAUCAAGGCACUAAUUUCAUUGGUGCACGGAAUGAGCUCCUAACACAAGCAACUCAAGAGAAGGUCAAAGGUCUCGGGAUAAGUUUCGUCUUCAACCCACCUGCUUCAAGUCACAUGGGAGGAGUUUGGGAAAGACAAAUUCGGACAAUAAGGAAUGUUCUUAGAGCCAUUCUCGACGAGUCAGCUUCAAGAUUGGACACUUCAUCAUUGAGAACCUUCAUGUAUGAAACUAUGGCAAUAGUGAACAGUCGUCCACUAACUGUUGAGUGCCUUAAUGAUCCUGUAGGACCAGAGCUGCUCACACCGAAUCAUAUUUUGACUAUGAAAUCGACAGUGAUCACACCACCACCUGGAGAAUUCGUCAAAGAAGACCUCUACCUGCAAAAAAGAUGGAAAAGAGUACAGUAUUUGGCGAAUGUAUUUUGGACCAGAUGGCGAAAGGAAUAUCUGUUAAACCUGCAACAGAGACGUAAAUGGAGUAAGAACAGAAGAAACAUGAAGAUCGACGACAUUGUUCUUCUACAGGAAGACUGUGUUCCGAGGAACCAGUGGAAGCUCGCCAAGGUUGUAGAAGUCACACCCGGAGCUGAUGGCAGAGUCAGAAAGGUCAAGCUUCUGAUUGGUGACUCUAAGACUGUUUUAGAAAGACCGAUACACAAAACGGUACUUUUGCUAGAAGCUGGUUAAGGACUAAUACAGUAGAUGUUUGACUUUGUAAAUAGUUCAUCAUUGCAUAUUGUUUAAUUGAAUGUUAAGGAUCACACAUACUGUAGUAAUAGUGUGAUGGUGGGAGUGUAACAGCUGUCAAGUUGUCCCGCAAUUUUUUGUUUCGCCAGCAAGCGGAGCUGUUGAAUCGCUAAAGUUAAUUUAACUUUUACAAGACGUGCAACUUAAUAUUUUUUGUGUGCAUUAUUUUUAUUGUUUAUUGUCAUUUUUACAAUUCAUGGAAGUACAUUGUUAAUAAUAAUUAGUUGAAAGGUUAAACUAAAAUUGUUAAAUUUCUAAGUUAAUUGCAGUGAACGCACAACCAAUCAGGUCGCGUCCUGUUCUCCAAGAAGGAAGUGAAAGUCCGAUGCUAAGAGCUGUAGCAUAAGCAGCACUAGCACGUUCGAGUUGCUGAAAGUAAGCCAUAUAAAAGUUAAUACGUCAAGUAAAGUUCCCUGUUUGUUCAUGAGCAGGCCAAAGUGUUCUACGGUGGAUCUGUAGUGAAGGCAAGGCUACAGUAAACAUCAGUUAAACAAGAACUCUCGAGUCUCCAUUUGUGAACAAGCCGGUAUAAUAUCUAAAUAGGUUGUCAUGCUUAAGUGAUUCAUUAAGGUCACUCAAUGCAGCUGGUAAUCACUCGUCUCUACAAUUCCUGUGCUUCUGCUGAAAAUGAAGAAAACUUUAGCUGUACCUGAAUUGCUGCGUGCCGGUCUGACACCUACUGAGAUUGCAGCAAAUCUGAGAAUAUCCAGAUGUGCAGUCUACAAAGUUAAAAAGAAGCUGAAAGAUACUGGAACAGCCUCACGAAAAACUGGGUCUGGAAGUGCCGAUCUGUGCGGACCAAAAAGUUGAUUGACAAGGUGAUAUGUGGCCACCCCAGAGUCCAGAUCUCAAUCCCCUGGAUUAUAGCAUAUGGGCAACUGUGGAGGACAGUGCCUGUAAGAAGCCACAAAUUUCUGUGGCAGCCUUGGAGAGGUCCAUUGUUAGAUCUUGGGAAAAGAUGACAGCAUCCUACAUAAAGAAGACCUGUCAAGCGUUCCGCAGGCGCCUGGAGGCUGUUGUGACACUUAAGGGAGGACACAUUGAAAAAUAGAGUGUACUGUACAUGUUCUUUACAAUAAUGUAUAAUUUGUGAUUAAAUUCUAAUUCUAAACUGAAUAAACAUGGCAUUUAAGUUGUAUUAUGGCAGUGUAAACUUUUUUUUGGGUCACCCUGUAGAGGCGUGCGAAAUUUCCAGUUCUUAGAUUAUUUGCGAUUCGGCCGUGGAAGAUUCGAGAACGAUUCACAAAUAUCCAAAUUCCGAUUUUUGAAUUAUACCAGGUAAAGCGGAAGUAAAACAAAGUCAGCGCGGUCUUUGGGAGACAAUGAGGAACGGACCGAGAGUAAAUAUCAUGUUCAACUCAUGCCACUAGAUAAAAAAACAAUCAUACCUGACUGCGGCUGACAGUCGCUACAAACAACGCCCAGUUGCUAGUUGCUACAAACAUACGGCUACAGUAGAUAUCAUAUAUAUGUAGGACUAGAUGCAAAUGACAGACGACGUCUGUGUUAGAACAUGUAUUAUUGAACAGAGAUGCGAAAUGACAGACUUUCCGGCGUAAGUAAAAAGCCGCCAUCUUCAACCAGUAGACCUCUCUAGAAGGCUCUGUUGUAGCGAACCUAAUUAACUUUUUAUCUAAAAUAGGCCUAAAUCAGCAGAAUCAAUCUUUAAAUGAUGAAAUAGUUUUAAAACUUUGACAAAAGUAGACAGAAGGGAAAUUGUGGAAUAACGGGAGCAAUUUUAACAACUGUAACAGUUGAUUCACAACAUUAAAUUAAUUGAAUGUAGUAUAAAGCUGCUGAUACAGAAUGGGGACUGGAGUUUUUUAUUUACUGUUAUUUUUGUAUAUUUGUUUACUGUUAUAUGUUAACUUGAUACUGAAAUAGUAGUUUGGUUUAACCUGGGAGGAUUUUUGAACAAUUUUGGAACUAAUGUACAAAACAUUAAAAAAAAAAAAAAAAAAAAAAAAAGGAGGGGGGUGCAUCAAUAAUCGUUUUAUAAUCGAAUCCGCGCCUCUGAAUCGUAAUCGAAUCGUUAGGUGCCUAAAGAUUCCCAGCUCUAAUAAGGACUCUAGAAUAAAAGGCACAAAUUGUGUAGCCUGGUACACCAGACUCAACGCUGUUCCAGCUAUUGAGUCUGGCCACCAUUCCCACGGAAACAAUUUCCAGGGCGGAGCAAGCCACAGCAAACAGACAGCGGAGUGGACCAAUCAGCGACGGGCAAACGUGACGUUUGUAAAAUGGCGACGGCAGGACGAGGGACUUACGCACGGAAGUAAACAUACGAAGAGAGCGGAGUUUAUUCGACAUGGCUAGCGCGAGACAGACUAUUGUCAAUGACUCGUGUCGAUGUGUUUUUGGUCAUUUAAAACUGAUUUUACCGUGGAUUGGAACAUAUUCUCGGCUCUGCCGUUCACCAUCUGUGUUGUUGAAGAGACGACUUUCGACGCGCAAGAGUGACGUUGCUCGUGAAGAACAUGUCACACAAAUAAACGAAUCUGAUUUGUUGAUUGAUUUUGUAUCUGCUCGAAAAGGCCGUUAAUGGGAUGGUUCCCAGACUAUUUCUCUCAGUGUUGGAAAAAUACAGGGAGAAUAGUCUGGCAGAGCCAGGCUACAAAUUGUGUACAUAUAGUAUUAGAAGCCAAAUUUCUUCCGGUAUUUCCGUUUGUAACACUGGCCACUAGGUGGUGCAAAUUCACAAUUACCAAAGCUCGUUACAGCGAACAUAACAAUUAUGCUAUAUAUCGGUCUAUCUAUAUUAGAACUCCUACCCGAACAUAGAACGUAAGUUUCGCCGAUCUAGAAAAAGUCCCCCAUUUUUUCGGUCGACCCUUACUAUGUCUCAAGG